AUAUUCGGCGCGUGUACGAACUACGACUCGACAUGCCACACCUUCUGUAAGAGCAGCGGAACAAUGUCGACGAGCACCGCCCUCGGUGGCGGUGGCGGAGGCGUUGGCGGUGCCCUCAGCCUGAUGGGUUGCGUGAGGGAGGCCUCGCCGCCCCCUCAGAACCACCAUCAGCACCAUCAUCAUCAGCAGCAUCGCACUUUCGGCCUCGGCGAGUUCCCGGCGGCCCAGCACAGCGUCGAUCCUCUGCCCAAAGAACCAAAGAAGCGCCGUUUUCAUCCUCUGCGCGGUCUCCGGAAGAUCUUCCGGCGAAAGAGUCGCGGUGCCGCCGAUGCACGGUCCGUCUCCAAUUCUGCCGAUCGGGAUGCCGAAUUGGCGCGCCUCCCACGGGAGGAGAUCACGAUGAGGCAUCCUGCGGGACGCCCCGAGGAAGCCCGUAGCAGGAGCGCCAGCGAGCUCCUCACCGACUCCUGCGAUCGGGAAAGUGGACGACUGCACGUCCGAUCGUCAAAAAGAUGCAAAUUCAUCGCGUCUUUCAAGACUCGCGGAUCGUUUAAACACGUAUUCCUCCGACGAGGCGGGGUGGAGGAUAGUUUCGUCAAGUUACGAGGAGGCGCCGGCAAAUUGUCAGUGUCCCACGAUAGCGUUUUCCCGGGAGAAGUUCCUCACACUCGGCCUCUCUCCUCGCUGGCCAGCCUGGCGACGCUCGAGCGGAGGCCGGCCAGGAAGAGUAACGAGAUCAUCGAGCACAAGGAGUACAAUCAUCAUCACGUCGCACAAAGGCACCGGAUAUCCCUUCGGGUACUCGAGCAAAUAAAAACGGUCAUAGAGAACCGGAACCAACUGGCCUCGGCGACCUCGCCGGAUACGGCCAGUAUAGCGCACGCUGCCGGCGAGCGGUAUCAGCAGGAAACCACCGAGAAUCGCUUCACCGUGUUCGAGAGACAUGGGGAGAGGAGCGGCGCGGAGGAGAGCCAGCAGGCGAAGGUGAGUGCACGAUCUGAAGAAUAUAUCAUUCAUAUAUACGGUGUAUACAUGCAUUCUACCGGUUUCGCCACUCGUCCCGGCACCACCGCGUGCUGA